GUUUCAAGCUCACUGCAUGAGCUCGGAACCUCCCUAGUAGCCUGCACGAUCUAGAGACCUAUUGCGUCGUCGCUCCUUAGAGUCGUGCUUAUGCCACCUAAUCGAUGUGUACGCGCUAGAGACUAACGACGUUCAUUCGCAGUAGUUCCAAAAGCCGCCCAGCAAUGACCGCAAUGGCGCAUCCCGGUACGUCCGGGGGGACGGGAGCAGGGGGAGGCGGGGGACAGGGGGGAACAGGCCGCGGGGGCGCAGGCGGAGGCGGCGAGAGGGGGGCGGCGGCGGACAUUCUGCGCCGGCUGUUGGCGGAGCUGUGUACGCGCACGCCGUACGCGGCAAAGGAGGAGGGCGCGCUGACGCUGCGCGAACACGUGGAGGAGGAGGCGCGGGAUUUAAGCGGCGAGGCGUUUACGCGUUUCAUGGACACGCUUUACGAGAGGAUCAACGUGCUCGUAGAGAGUAGCUCGCCCUCCGACAAUCUCGGCGCCGUUCACGCUAUAGACGAGUUAAUCGACGUGCCGCUCGGGGAAAGCGCGGCCAAGGCGUCGCGCUUCGCGUCGUUCCUGCGGCGAAUCUUCGAGGAAAAGACGGACGCCGAUACGAUCUCCGCUGCGGCGGCGACAUUGGGACACGUGGCACGCGCGGGCGGCGCGAUGGCUGCUGACGUGGUGGAGUUUCAGGUGAAGGAGGCGCUGAGGUGGCUCGAGGGGGAGCGCGUGGAGGCGCGGCGAUACGCGGCUGUGCUUAUAUUGAAGGAAAUGGCGGCGAAUGCGCCGACGGUCUUCAACGUGCACGUCCCGACGUUCAUCGACGUCAUCUGGGCGGCACUGCGCGACCCGAAGCUCGCGGUGCGGGAGCGCGCUGUAGAGGCGUUGCGCGCGUGUCUGCGCGUGAUCGAGAAGCGCGAGACGCGGUGGCGCGUGCAGGGCUACUAUCGGCUGUUCGAGGAGACGGAGAAGGGGCUUCAGCGCAGCGCGAGCGUGGAGAGCAUCCACGGCUCGCUGCUCGCCAUCGGCGAAAUGCUUCGCAACACGGGCGAAUUCAUGAUGGCGCGUUACAAGGAGGUCGCGAACAUCGUCCUCAAGUAUCGCGACCAUCGCGAGCGCCUCAUCCGUCGCUCCAUCACCGCGCUCCUCCCGCGCAUCGCGCACUUCCUCCGCGACCGCUUCGUCAGCAGCUAUCUUAAGAUCUGCAUGGACCACCUCCUAGGCGUCAUGAAAAACCCCGCCGAUCGCGACGCGGGCUUCGCGGCGCUAGGCGAGAUGGCGAGCGCCGUCGGCCCUGCGCUGCGCCCGUACCUCCCCGCGAUCUCCGCGCUGCUCCGCGAGGCGCUGGCUCCCCGCCGCGGGCGCGCGUCCGUGGAAGCGCUGACGUGCGUGGGGCAGCUGGUGGCGGCGGUGGGGGAAGACAUGCGCGAGGUUGCGCGCGAGCUGCUCCCCGUGUGCCUGCACACGGGGCUCUCGCUUCCCCUCGUGCACACGCUUUCGCACAUCUCCGCGCAUCUCCCCGCGCUCAAGCCGCUCGUCCAAUCACAGCUCUUGGAGGCCAUCUCCGCCGUCCUCGCGCGCAAGCCCUCCGCGCGGAUCGGAACCAGCGCGGGCAGCGCGGGUGGCGCGUUCGGCUCGUUGACGGGCGCACGCCCCCCCGCGGGCGCAGGCGGAAGCGGGAGCGGAUCAGGCGGCUCGCUCACGCUCGGGGGAAGCGCGAGCCUGAGCAGCCUCGCGAGCGGCGCGCUGACAGGGGGAGGAGGCGGAGCAGGCGGCAGCGGGAGUGGCGGAGGCGGGGGUAACGGCAUCGGGGAGCUGUCCAUAUCCGGGGUAACACAGCUGGCGCUGUGCACGCUGUACUCGUUUGACUUCUCGGGGCACGACCUGCUGGAGCUGGCGCGGCUGCACGUGGUGCGGUACCUGGAGGACGACGACGCCGCCACGAGGAGGGAGGCCGCAGUGUGCUGCGCGCACGUCCUCGCCCACACCGCCGCCGCCCUCAACGGCCCCCCUGCCCCCUCCCCCGCGCCCUCGCCCGCUCCCCAGGCGGAAUCACGAGGCGCGGGCGCAGCUCCCCCUGGCGCUGCUGGUGGCGGGGGAGGGAACGGGAGGGCGGGAGGGGCCGUUUCGGGCGGUGUGGGCGGCGGCAGCGGGAGGGGCAGCAGCAGUGGGGCGGCAAGCCGGGUGCAGAGGAUAGCCCAGCAGCUGCUGCUGCAGCCGGGCAUGCGGAAAAAACGCCGCGGCGUGGUGGAGGACAUGCUGGAGCGCCUCCUCGUGGCGUCUGUGGCCGACGUGGACGCGGGCGUGCGCAAGGCCGUGCUCUCCUGCCUCGCGGCGCCGGCCUCCGCGGCUCUGGACUCGUUCCUGGCGCAGGCGGAGUGCGUGCGGGCGCUCUUCAUCGCGCUCAACGACGAGAGCUACGACGUGAGGGAGCAGGCCGUGCUGCUGGCAGGCAGGCUGGCCGGCCGCAACCCCGCGUAUGUCCUCCCGGCGCUGAGGCGGCACCUGGUGCAGCUGCUGGUGGACGUGGAGCACAGCAGCGAUAGCAGGUUGAGGGAGGAUGGCGCGAGGCUGCUGCGGUGUUUGAUCCACUCGUGCACGCCGCUGGUCGCGCCUUACAUCGCGCCCAUCCUCAAGGUGUUUGUGGCGCGGCUCAAAGCCAUUUCAGCGGCGCACGCAGCGGCGGUGGGGACGGUGGGCGGGGGGGGGACGAGCGGGGUGGUGGCCUCAAUGCUGGCGACGGUAGGGGAGCUGGCGAAGGUGGCAGGGAGCGCGCUCACGCCCUACGUGCCGGACCUAAUGCCGCUCAUAGUGGAUUCCUUGCACGAUAGCACCGGGCCGGGGCCCGGGGAGAGGAGGGAGGUGGCGGUGGUGACGCUGGGGCAAGUGGUGGAAAGCACAGGGUGUGUUGUGGCGCCAUACCGGCAGUACCCCCAGCUUUUAGGGUUACUUCUGUCGAUGCUCAACGGGCAGCUGGCGUGGUCCAUGCGGCGGUCGGUGCUGCAGGUGCUGGGCAUUCUGGGUGCGUUGGACCCGCACGUCAACAAGCGCAACCAGCUGCUGCUGCUGCCGCAAGCCAUGGCCGCGGAGGGCGGCAUGGAGGGCCGGGGGGACGCUGUAGGGGGAGCAGGCGCAGGGGGAGGUGGUGGCGGGGCUGCAGCAGGGGGGGCAGUGGGGCCUCUACAACCCCCGCGUGUGCUCACCGGAUUCGACCGCAUGGGUGGCAUAGCUGGCGAUGACACCCUCGUAGACAUCCCCCCGGCAGGGGGGCUCACGGACGAGUACUACUCCACGGUGGCCAUCUCCGCGCUGCUGCGCAUCCUGCGAGACGGCGCCCUGGCCGCCUACCACCUGCGCGUGGUGAGCUCGCUCAUGUUCAUCUUCCGCUCCAUGGGGCUGGCCUGCGUGCCGUACCUCCCCCGGGUGCUACCCGAGCUGUUCCACGUGAUGCGGUCGUGCGACGAGAGCCUGAGGGAGUUCCUCUUCUGGCAGCUGGCGCAGCUGGUGACCAUCGUGCGGCAGCACAUCCGCAAGUACCUCCCGGAGGUCACCGCACUCAUCUUCGACUUCUGGCACCCGCUGCUGCUCUCCGUGUUCCCGCGGCCCCCCGCGCCCUCCCCCGUGCUGAACCUGGUGGAGCAGCUGGCGCGCGCGCUGCCGGACGACUUCAAGGCGUGCCUGCCCGAGGUGCUGCCGCGCUGCGUGGCCGUCAUUGCCGACGCGGAGCGCAGCGGCGAGUACAAGCGCGUGCCGCCCGUGCUGCACGCGUUCGAGGUGCUGGGCAGCAGCAUGGAGCAGCACAUGCACCUGCUGCUGCCCGCCGUGGUGCGCCUCUUCAAGCCCGGCGUGUCCGACGUGCCGCUGCCCAUCCAGCGCGCGGCCGUGAGGACGCUCACCCGCCUGCUGCCGCUGCUGCACGUGGCGGACCAUGCGGCGGCCAUCCUGCACCCGCUGGCCCGGGUGCUGGACGGACCCAGUGAGGAGCUCAGGCGCGAUGCUGCUGACGCCAUCUGUGAGCUGGCGCUCGCUCAGGGCCCUGACUUCGCCGCGUUCAUCCCCACCAUCCGCCGCCUGCUCUCGCGCCACCGCCUCUCCAACGCGCGGUUCGACUCCAUCUCCGCGUGCCUGCUGCGCCGCGACCCCUCGCUGCUGCUCGACCUCCUCCCCUCCGCCUCCAACUCCUCCGCCCUCCCCCGCGUUGCCUCCUCCGCUUCUGUUGCCGGGGGGAGCGUCUGGGGGAGCUCAGAUAACCUGGCCGCGCAGGGGGGAGGUGGGGGAGGGGGGGGGGGAGCGGGGGGGACGCAGGGGGGAGGGCAGGGGGGCACGGGUGGGCAGGGCGGGGGGGGAGGGGGAGCGGGAGGCAGGGGUGGGGGGGGCACCGGCGCUGGUGCUGGCGGUGGUGGCUUGGGGGGCGGCGGCGGAGGCGGUGGCGGUCCAGGAGGGGGGCCGUUGAACUCGGCGGUGGUGUUCGACGAGGACUGGGGCUUCGACGGCAUGGGCUCGUCCCUUGACGCCGUCGGCAGCGCCGGCGGCCCAGGCGGCGCCACCCGAGGAGGCGGCGGAGGCAGCACCUCUUCCCUCACGGUGUCGGGCGCGCUACGAGUAAACGAGGGGCAGCUGCGGAAGGCGUGGGAGUCGUCGCAGCGCAGCACGCGCGAGGACUGGGCGGAGUGGAUGCGCCACUUCAGCGUCGAACUCCUCAAGGAAUCCCCCUCCCCGGCGCUCCGCACGUGCGCCACCCUCGCGCCCCUGCAGCCGCACGUGGCUCGAGAACUCUUCGCGGUGGGGUUCGUGAGCUGCUGGCAGGAGCUGAACGACGGCAGCCGCGACCAGCUGGUGCACUCGCUGGAAGCGGCGUUCGCGUCGCCCAACAUCCCCCCGGAGAUCCUGGCCACCCUGCUCAACCUGGCCGAGUUCAUGGAGCAGAACGAGUGCCCUCUCCCCGUCGACAUCCGCACCCUGGGCGCCCUGGCCGAGAAGUGCCACGCGUUCGCCAAGGCGUUGCACUACAAGGAGAUGGAGUUUGAGGUGGACCCAGCGGCCACGGUGGAGGCCUUGAUCCACAUCAACAACCAGCUGCAGCAGCACGAGGCGGCCGUGGGCAUGCUGGUGUACGCGCAGCGCCACCUGGCCGUGGAGCUCAAGGAGCCUUGGUACGAGAAGCUGCAGCGCUGGCAGGACGCCCUCGCCGCCUAUGAAAGGCGUGCUGCCGCUGCUGUGGUUGCCAUGGGGGGAGGCGGGGGAGUGGCAGCAUCGGCGGCGGCAGCGGCGCUGCUGGACGCCACGCUGGGGCGCAUGCGGUGCCUGGGGGCGCUGGCGCGCUGGGAGGAGCUCGCCUCACUGUGCCAUGAGGCGUGGCCGCCUGCGGAGCGCGCCGCGCGCAUGCAGAUGGCGCCGCUGGGGGCAGGAGCAGCGUGGAACAUGGGGCGGUGGGACGACAUGGCAGAGUAUGUGUCUGUGCUGCCUGAUGGGGGGGACGAUGCAGGGGUGUCAAUCGGAGGGUUUGGCGGCAUGGGUGGGGGUGGGGGAGGGAGGUUCGGCGCGCUGAUGCCGAUGCAGCAGCACCAUAACUUGGCGGGAGGUUCGGGGGUAGGUUCGGGGUCGGGGCGGAGCGACGGGGCGUUUUUCCGAGCCGUGCUGGCGGUGCGGCACGGGGCGUUUGGGGAGGCGAGGGAGUACGUGGAAAGAGCGCGGAAGCUUCUGGCGACUGAGCUGGCAGCUUUAGUACUGGAGAGCUAUGAGCGUGCGUAUGGGGAUGUGGUGAGGGUGCAGCAGUUAUCAGAGCUCGAGGAGGUCAUAGACUACUGCCUGCUGGGGGCAGACGCAGGAGGGGGAGUGGGAGUAGGCGGCGUGGGAGGUGAGCUAGCAGGGAUGGAGGGAGGGGCGUUGGGGUUGGGAGGGGAGGAGGGCCACAUGGGAGCAGUGGAGGUGGAGGCUCGGAAGGCCCUGAUUCGCCAGAUGUGGCGGGAGCGGAUCAAGGGCGCCCAGCGCAACGUGGACGUGUGGCAGGCGCUCCUGGCGGUGCGAUCGCUGGUGCUGCCCAUGCAGCAGGACGCCCACACUUGGCUCAAGUUCGCCUCGCUCUGCCGCAAGAGUGGCCGGGUCAGCCAGGCGCGCGCCACGCUGCUACGCCUGCUGCAGCACGACCCUGCAGGGGCGAGGAUGCUGGGGCUGGAGGUGCAGGAGGGGGAGGGGGGCGCGGUUACCAGCAUCGGCACUCCGGGCGGUGGACUGGCGGUGGUGGCCGGUGCAGGGGCGGUGGGAGCAGUGCCGCUGCUGCGGCUGCCGUCGGUGGGGGUGAGGGCCGGGGCAGGGCUGGGAGGAGCGCUGGGCGGCAUGGGUGGGAUGGGCGUGGGGGGGGGAAUGAGCAUCGGCAGCGCUGGCAGCAGCAGCAACGACAUGCUAACCGCCGCCGCAGCGGUCGUGGCAAUCCCAGCCUCCCUCCCCUUCCCCUCCUCUUCUCUCCCCUUCCCCACCUCCUCCUCACUCUCCUACCAGCCUCCGUCCUCCUCCCCGCUCCUCACGCCCGCCAUGCCGCACGUGGUCUUUGCGUACCUCAAGUACGCCUGGGCGCUCGCCUCCGACGUCAACCGCCGCAACGCCUUCCGCUGCCUGCAGGACCUCGCUGCUGCUCUCGCAGCCACUCACUGUGCGACACCUGGCGCCAUGGGGCUGGGAGGAACGACUGGGCUAAUGAUGGGUGGGGGCAUGGGUGGCGGGACAACGCUAGCGUCCUCGUCUUUCUCCGUGCCUGCGUCUGUGUCGCCUCCCCCCACUGCCAUCCCAGGCCUUCCCCCCUCCUCCUCCUCCCUCUCCCAUGCAGCACAACCAGCAGCAGCAGCAGCAGGGUGGGUGGGAGCAGCAGCAGCGGAGGGCAGCAGCAUGACUCACAGCGCUCCCUUGCUCUCCCGCGUGUACCUCAAGCUGGGCACGUGGCAGUGGUCGCUGCACCCCGCUCUCUCCGACGCCUCCGUGGCCGAAAUUGGCGUGUCCCUGCGGGCGGCAACGGAGCUGGCGCCGGGGUGGGGCAAGGCGUGGCACCGGUGGGCGCUGUUCAACACGGCAGCCAUGACGCACUUCACUCAGAGGGCCAACCCGCAGGCCGCGCAGGGGCAUCUGGUGGCGGCCAUAUCUGGGUUCUUCCGGUCCAUUGCGCUGGCCACGGCCGGGGGGACGGCGAGUCAAGGUGGGGGAAGAGCGGUGUUUGCUGCUGCUGGUGUGGCGGGUGGGGGGGGGGCGGGAGGGGCUGGGGACGGGAAGGGGAUGGCGAGUGGUGCGAUAGCCAAGGGGCUAGGGUCAGGGAAGGGCGCAGGGGACAGUCUGCAGGACAUUCUCCGGUUACUGACCCUGUGGUUCCGGUACGGGGCUACAGCUGACGUGCAGGCGGCGCUACAGGAGGGCUUCGCGCACGUGAACAUCGACACGUGGCUGCACGUGAUUCCGCAGAUCAUUGCGCGCAUCCACAACAACGUGCCCGCCGUGCGCAGCCUCGUGCAAUCAUUGCUCAUCCGCGUGGGGCGGCACCACCCUCAGACCCUCAUGUUCCCUCUGCUCGUCGCCUGCAAGUCCAUGUCGCUCUCCCGCUGCGCUGCCGCCCAAGCAGUGCUCGACAAUAUCCGCUCGCACUCCGCCGCUCUGGUGGAAGCCGCCCAGCUGGUGUCGGUGGAGCUCAUCCGCGUGGCCAUCCUGUGGCACGAGAUGUGGCAUGAGGCGCUGGAGGAAGCGUCCCGGCUGUACUUCGGUGAGCGCAACGUGGACGGCAUGCUGGCCGUGCUGGCGCCGCUGCACGCGCUGCUGGAAACAGCGGGCCCUGAGACCAGCACCGAGGCCUCGUUUGUCGAUUCGUACGGCAGGGAGCUGGCGGAAGCUGCAGAGUGCUGCGCCAACUACAGGCGGACGGGACGAGAAGCAGAGCUGACCCAGGCGUGGGACCUGUACUACCACGUGUUCAAGCGCAUCAACAAGCAGCUGCCCGCCCUCACCACGCUGGAGCUCCUACAGGUGGCUCCCGCGCUCGUCAACGCGAGAGACCUCGCGCUGGCCGUCCCGGGGACGUACCGCGCCGGGCGGCCCGUGGUGACCAUCGCAGGGUUCGCGCCGCAGCUGCUGGUGAUCACUUCGAAGCAGCGGCCGAGGAAGAUCUCGAUCCUGGGAUCCGACGGUCGAGAAUACGUGUUCCUGCUGAAGGGGCACGAGGAUCUGCGGCUGGAUGAGCGCGUGAUGCAGCUGUUUGGACUGGUGAACACCCUCCUGGGAGGCGCCAGGUCAGCUGCAGACAAGGACUUGUCGAUCGAGCGGUACGCGGUGGUGCCGCUGUCGCCGAACAUCGGGCUGAUCGGGUGGUUACCGCACUGCGACACGAUGCACCAGCUGAUCCAGGAGUACCGCGAGGCGCACAACAUCGCUGUGAACCUCGAGCGCCGCCUCAUCCUCAGCUUCGCGCCGGACUACGACCACCUCACAGUCAUCGGGAAGGUGGAGGCGUUUGAGCACGCACUCGACAGCACGCCGGGGAAUGAUCUAGCUCGGGUGCUCUGGCUCAAGAGCCGCAGUGCCGAGGUGUGGCUGGACCGGCGGUGCAACUACACGCGGAGCCUGGCAGUGAUGAGCAUGGUGGGGUAUAUUCUGGGACUGGGCGAUCGCCACCCCAGCAACCUCAUGCUGGACCGAUACAGCGGCAAGAUCAUCCACAUCGACUUCGGCGACUGCUUCGAGUCAUCCAUGCACCGCGAGAAGUUCCCCGAGAAGUUUCCCUUCCGGCUGACGCGCAUGCUGGUGAAGGCCAUGGAGGUGAGCGGCAUCGAGGGCACGUUCCGGUUCACGUGCGAGGCGGUGAUGGCGGUGCUGCGGCAGCACAAGGACUCGGUGCUGGCCAUGAUGGAGGCCUUCAUGUACGACCCCCUCAUCAACUGGCGCCUUAUCAACCGCACUGGCGCCGCUGCCGCCGCUGCCACCACCACCGCUGCUGCCUCCGGGGCGGUGCAGUCGCCGCCGCCACAGCGGGGGGCGCGGGAGCGGGAGAUACUGCAGGCGCUGGGGCAGCUGGACGACGCGCAGGAGGUGCUAAAUGAGCGGGCAGUGGCGGUAAUGACGCGCAUGAGCAACAAGCUCACCGGGAGGGACUUCCUCCCGCUCUCUGCCUCCGCUGCCCCUGCUGCUGUUCCCGGUGGCGUGCCCGAGUCUCCCCGUAGCGGCAGCAGCGGCAGCAGCAUGCUAGGGGAUAGCGGGCGGAGCUUGGAGCGGACGACCUCAGCCAUGGCUGCUGCUGCCAUGGGGGCGAGUGGCGGCGGGGUGAUAGCAGAGGGGCGGGAGAGUGAGCCGGGGGUGAGUGUGAAGGAGCAGGUGCAGCGGCUGGUGGUGCAGGCCACGUCGCAUGAGAACCUCUGCCAGAGCUACAUCGGCUGGUGCCCUUUCUGGUGAUGUUUUGUUUUUUUUUUACAUUUCCUGUGCGCUCGUUUUGGAGCUGCUACUGUGGUAGCCUGCUUGUGCGUGUGUAUGAGUUUAGGCUAAUGUGGUACCAGGUAUGUAAAGAGCUAGUAUUCUCCACAGCUACGGUACCACUUGCAGUUCUCCACUUGGACAAGUUGUCUUCUGAACCGAGAGUGGAGUGGACUGAUUACACCGUGAGGUGGACACCGUGGGCUCGACUGAUUACAUUUAGGGCCUGUUGGGCUGAUAAUAGCCCUAGGAUCUUUUCAGAAGGCUACGUCCUUGUAACAGAGUGCUUGAUAGCACAGCGUAAGUCUUCAGUGUCAACUUACGAUAUAUAUUUUAUAUAUAUAGUUGUGUAGGCUUGUUAGGUGUUCUACAAUUAUGGAUCCUACUAUAGAGGGU